CCAGCGCUCAGCAUCCCCGGUGCCCUGGCAGAGGGGGAGAAGGAGCUUUUCCAGCCCCCAGCAUCCCCGGUGCCCUGGCAGAGGGGGAGAAGGAGCUUUUCCAGCGCUCAGCAUCCCCGGUGCCCUGGCAGAAGGGGAGAAGGAGCUUUUCCAGCCCGCAGCAUCCCCGGUGCCCUGGCAGAGGCAGAGAAGGAGCUUUUCCAGCGCUCAGCAUCCCCGCUGCCCUGGCAGAGGAGGAGAAGGAGCUUUUCCAGCGCUCAGCAUCCCCGCUGCCCUGGCAGAGGAGGAGAAGGAGCUUUUCCAGCCCCCAGCAUCCCCGGUGAUCUGGCAGAGGAGGAGAAGGAGCUUUUCCAGCCCCCAGCAUCCCCGGUGCCCUGGCAGAGGCGGAGGCUCCGCAUCUGGGGAAGCUCCCGGGGAGAUGAGCCCGGGCUCUCGGACAAGGGAGCAGCCGGGUUUGGACACCUCUGGAGAAGAAAAGAGCCCCGUGGCUUUGCUGUGAGCACGGCAGACACCUCCCAAGGGGCCGAUCCCAGCAGUGCCUGCUGCUAAUCCUGCCUGAAGCCGCUGGAGCUGCCCAGGACCCACGGGAACCUCCUUUGGGUUUCUCAGUGAAAACACCGAUGAUAUCAAACGCGUUCCAUCAUCCUCUCCCUUGAGAAGAGCGAAAAGAGCAGCCUGGCACCUCGGGAAGAGGCAGCAGCAUCCCUCCCUGGCUGUCUCCCGGGGAUCCGGGGGGGACAGGAGGGGUCGCAGCCGGGGGCUCUGCUCCAUGACCAACACUCGGGACUGCAGGGCAGCCAUGGACUCCCCUCCGCCCACCUCCAGCCCUCCCGCAGGGCCCAUCACCUUCUCCCAGGUGUUUGGGCAGCAGUGCCAGCUCAUGGAAGCAGCUGUUGAAUCGCUGCAUUCCUUGAAUGACCAGAUCUCCCAUUUCAUCGUCAACAAGUCAAAAACCCUGGAUGAGGAUGAAGAUGCCUUUUUGCCCAGUGAGAAGGAAUCUCUGAAAAGUGCCAUGAUGCUGAUGAGGCACCUCCUGAUGGAUGCACAGGUAGGAAAUCAGCACACACACGUGUGUCAGGACGUGGGGAAGGCACAUUACAUGGAUCUGAAGGAAUGUGUCUUUUUUACGUGCAAUUUUAGCAGUGGAGAACAUUAAUUGCUGACUCUAAAAC